UUAAGCACACAGUUGCUACCACGCGCUGUAACCGUUUCCUUUUUGGUUGCACUUUCUUCUUAUUAGUCAGUCUCCGUGAAAUCUCUCUGAAGGCGACGGAGGUAGACAUAGAGAGAGAUUAAUCGAUGGCGAGGAAUCACCGGUUUAGAUACCGGUUACUACUCCUUCUUAUAGCUUUCGAAACGACACGGCGUUUGACUUCGGCUGAUCCAAACGACGAGGCGUGUUUAAAGAAUCUCCGACAAAACUUAGAAGAUCCAGCGAGUAAUCUCCGGAACUGGACGAGCUCCGUCUUCUCCAACCCUUGCUCCGGCUUCACCUCGUAUCUCCCUGGUGCUACUUGUAACAAUGGCAGAAUCUAUAAACUCUCUCUCACUAGCCUCUCCCUUCGCGGCUCUAUCUCUCCGUUUCUCUCCAACUGCACCAACCUCCAGUCCUUGGACUUAUCCUCGAACCAAAUCUCCGGCGAAAUCCCGCCGGAUAUUCAGUUUCUCGUGAACCUCGCCGUACUCAACCUCUCGUCUAACCGUCUCUCCGGCGAAAUCCCUCCGCAGCUCGCUCUAUGCGCCUACCUAAACGUCAUCGACCUCCACGAUAACCAGCUCUCCGGUCCAAUCCCUCAGCAGCUAGGACUCUUGGCGAGGCUAUCGGCGUUUGAUGUGUCGAACAACAAACUCUCCGGUCAGAUUCCGACAUACUUGUCGAACAGGACGGGGACUUUUCCGAGGUUUAACGCGAGCUCGUUCGUGGGGAACAGAGGGUUGUAUGGUUAUCCGUUGCAGGAGAUGAUGAAGGGCAAGGGGCUGUCGGUGAUGGCGAUCGUGGGGAUAGGGCUUGGAAGUGGAGUGGCGAGCUUGAUGAUUAGUUUCACAAGUGUUUGUAUUUGGUUGAGGAUCACUGAGAAGAAGAUGGCUGAGGAAGAAGGCAAGAUUAGUCAAUCGAUGCCUGAUUAUUAAAAUUUUAAAUUUUAAACUGAAUUACGGCUGUUUUUGAGACGAGAAAAGGAAAGAUUCAAGGUUCUUGGUUUGUGCGAGUUUUUGGUCUAUUCGGAUUUUGGGAUUAAAAAAAAAAUUUACUAAUGCUUUUUCAUAUUGUUAGCUCAUUGUAUUUCACUUCUAAUUUAAUACAACAGAUUCUGUAAAUAGA